ACAUACAGACAGACACUGUGGACUGCUUGUGGUUUUUAGCGUUCAACGGCUUCAACGACGAGUUUACUAUUCUCAGUUGCAAUUUGAACUUGGACAAUGCCACAAGCAAUGAAGUACACAGCGUUUAUUAUCAUUAUACUCUUCUCCACAUUAAUCGCGCUCAUCAACGCCGAUCACGAGGAGACAACGGAGGAUGAUUUCUUAAGCGCCGGCGAGCGUUGUUUUCAGCGUGAGCGCUUGGCUGCCUCCUAUCAGCGUCGUUUCGACAACUUUGAGUAUCCAGAUGAGGAGCCGGUACAUCGUUAUGUGCACUGCAUUUGGACUGAGUUGAAAUUAUGGAACGAUCGUACCGGUUUCAAUGUUGAACACAUAGCGGCACUUUAUCGCGAUAAGGCGAAUACGGAAGUGCUGGUGCCGAUAUUGAGCGAGUGCAAUCGGAAUACACAAAAUGAACCGACACUGAGGUGGUGUUAUAAGGCCUUCAAAUGUGUGCUCAACAGUCGGGUGGGUCAGUGGUUCAAGGAAGAUGUGGGUCGCAAGUUGCAUGAGAGACGUGUGGGAAAUCAUGUUGGUUGAGCUUCUUUGUUUUGAUUAAAACUUUACACAAAAAUACUCACAUAUUUGUUGAUAUUCGCAGAUAAGAAAGUACAUAUGUUUACAUAAAACUC